AUGCCUGUCAGCGGAGUAAUCAAGGGUGUUCGAUCAGUCACCAUCGAUGUAACCCAUGCUAUGGUGGAAGCCUUGACUGUCGAGCCAUCAACCCCGUAUUCAGUCUACGUCGAAUCUCAGCAGUCCAUAUCGGGAAGCGCUAUAGACGCCCAGAUCAACAAGAAUAACGCAAUGUGGAGCUAUUUGAGAUAUUCCUUUUUGUUCUUUAUCGCAAUGGUAGUUGCCUGGUUACCGUCGUCUAUUAAUCGAAUCUACAGUUUGAUCAACCCCAGCGAAGCUAAUCUCGGCUUGAAUUUGACAGGAGCCUUGGUUCUAUCUUUACAAGGCUCUUGGAACGCCGUUAUCUACAUUUCAACUGCGCUCCCAAUAUCCAAAAGCAUGUGGGCUUCAAACAUCAAGUCCAGAUCUCCCCUAAGGUUUCGUUGGAGAGCCACUAGGAGAAAGACUCGUGGCAUUCCGCUCGAGAACAUUGGCUUUGAUGGGAGGUCUAGUGCAGGGAGUACCUCCGCUUUGGCGUUGCGGCCGCCUUUUGAGUAUUCCACCACUGUGCCUCCUGAUGUGUAA